AUGUACGGUUCACAGAUCCAAAAUGAUCGUCGUGAUCAAAUCAGGAAACAGCAAAAGAUUCUGAUCAUUUUGACCGCACUCGGAUUGGUAACAUAUGUAGUGGUAAGCAUGUUCGAAACUGUUUCAAUGGGACGAUACAAGAAUCAAUCACAAACGAUAGAUGUCGAAGAGAAAAUCAUUGAUCGUUUUAACGAUGUCUGGCAAGAUAUGGUACUGGAGUGCAUUUGUCUUUAUUUUAUAAUCAAACUCGAUCGUGUCGGUGUACUCAUGUUUGCAUGGAUCGCAGUAGCUGGUGUACUCUUAUUAUCUGUUCAUUUCGUUGUUUCUGUCUUCUUUGGCUUCAAACCAGCAUCAGUAUCAGGAUCGACUGUUGACACAAGCAGCUCCACAACAUCUGUGGAGAUCUUCUAUAUUAUUCUUUACUUCAUUGAUAUCAUUAUAUUUAUAUUGCAAGUGAUAUAUCUAUUUAAUUUAAGCAAAUCAUUAAAACAACAUAUUAGGCAAAGCGGUUCGCAACAAACUUUACUCAUCUGA